UUGGGAUAUAAAUGCUUCCUCUUUUUGAAAUUCACAAAUAUGAAGAUGAAAGGUACUGUAUCGAGAUCCCAGUUUCUAUUUCUCAUUCUAAUUCUGUUUUUUGUUUUGUUCUGUACUUGCUGCCAAAGGCAUAAGGAAAACCAUUGAGCAAAGUGAGAUGAAGCCACAAUUUGCCAAGUGGAAAUUUUUCCAUUCAGUUGCCAUCAGUGUGCUGCUGUUGGCUUUGUAUCCCACUGCUGCUGUUGCCAGCAUGAAUGAAGAGCUGGCUAAAUGUCUGGAGGAUGACGAUAAUUAUCGGCUCAUGGACACAGUGAAGACUGGCCUUCCUCAGAUCAAGAAGUCUCAUCAUGUUAUUAUUGUUGGGGCUGGGAUCGCUGGGCUGACGGCUGCCAAGCUAUUGGAAGGUGCAGGACACAAGGUAACCAUCAUAGAAGCUAGUCCUCGUGUGGGAGGAAGGGUGGAGACCUACAGGGAUGAAGAAAAUGGCUGGUAUGCUGAUUUGGGUGCAAUGAGGAUACCGAGUAACCACCAGAUCAUCCGCUGGUACAUCAAAGAAAUGGGGCUCAAGCUGAAUCCAUUCAUCAUGUAUGACUCCAACACUUUUUACUUGGUUAAUGAACAGAACAGGACGAGGACAUACGCAGUGACAGCAAACCCCGACAUCCUGAAUUAUAAACUGCCAGAGAGAGAGAGGGGGAAAUCAGCUGACGAACUGUUGUGGCAGGCUUUGCAGAAGGUGAGAGAUGAAAUUAAAGCCCAUGGAUGCAAAGCUGCAUUUAAAAAAUAUGACCAUUAUUCAGUAAAGGAGUACCUGAAAGAGGAAGGUGGUUUAAGUCCAGAGGCAGUGGUUAUGAUUGCAGAGUUACUGAAUGAACAGAGCAUGAUGCAUCUGGCUCUGACUGAGAUGCUCUACGUCGAGAAUGAUGUCAGCGAUAGCACAACGUAUGAUGAAAUAACUGGUGGGACAGAUCUCCUCCCCAAAGCUUUUCUGUCUUUCAUUGAUGCCCCCAUCCUCUUCAACUCCAAAGUCAAAUUCAUCAGCCAGUCAAAUGAGGGUGUAACUGUGUCAUAUAGAAGAAAGGGCGAGUCAGCUUUGACAGACAUUACUGGUGAUGCCGUCUUAGUAACAACCACAGCCAAAGCUGCCCUUUUCCUGGAUUUCAACCCACCUCUCUCCGUCCCAAAAAUGGAGGCAUUGCGGGCUGUCCACUAUGAAUGCUCCACUAAAAUCAUCCUCACCUUCAAGAGGAAGUUCUGGGUGGACGAUGGCAUCCAUGGAGGAAAGAGUAUCACAGACCGGCCCUCUCGUUACAUCUACUACCCCAGCCAUAGUUUCCCAAGAAAUCAAACAAUUGGUGUCCUCUUGGCUUCCUACACCUGGGCUGAUGACGCCCAGUUUUUACAAGGUGCGACCGAUGAAGACCUUAAAGAGCUAGCGUUGAGAGAUUUAGCAAAGAUUCAUGGUGAGCAGGUGUGGGACCUCUGCAUUGGGGUGGUGGUGAAAAGGUGGGGCAUUGAUCCAUACAGCUUGGGUGGCUUUGCGUUCUUCGCGCCAUACCAACACAUAGAGUACGCAAAGGAGCUCUUCAGAAGUGAAGGCAGGGUCCACUUUGCUGGGGAGCACACAGCUUUCCCUCAUGCUUGGAUUGAGACAUCUAUGAAAUCAGCUAUUAGAGCAGCUAAAAACAUCAACAACGCUGCACACGAGGAGGUCACGGGGGCUGGAACCUGUCCCAGCUAUCAGAGGGCGAGAGGCAAGAAAACAGACAACAUGUCAGUGAACUCCACCUUCAACUUUUUUCUGGAGUACGACUGCUUCAACCAUACAGCUAGCUCAAACAUGUUCACUGCCAUCAGUGCAAUGAGAGCCAUCUUUCUCCUCCCUGUCUCCACACUUGUCCUCUACCUGGGUUACCAGCAAUGGCGGCAGCAGCAUUCCUUUCAAACAGCAAGCCACUCUGACAUCUUCGCCUACAACAUGGCUGCUACAGAGCUGAUCUGGGACCUGGAAAAGAAGGUGGGGAAAACCAGCGUGUUGACCGAUUAA